UUACAGUUUUUGUGCUACGGUCACACAAAGCAGGCUUCGCAUUUUUUUGUUUCGCCUCAGAAAAUUAAGAGAAAACCCUGAAUUAAAAAAAACUAAACUAGCAGCAAGAUGUCCAGCUUUUCGCCGAACCAGCUGCGCCAGUGCGCCCGCUUUACCGGCACACCUUGCACACCGGACAAGGAGCAGCAGCUGCGGGAGCAGAUCCACAGCGAGCUGGCCAAGAUCAAGUACUGCGCCAAUCCCACCUACGAAUGCAGUUUGAUGCGGAUCGAGGGCUACGACUACUGCAUCCGACACAUCCUGCGCGAUCCGCGCUCCAACUACCGCCAGUGCUCGCACGUCUACUCGAACGGGAGGAAGUGCAUCAAUGCGGUGCCCAAGUACGACAACAAGAAGGAGCAGAUCCUGACGACUCUCUGCUUCGAGCACAACCGUCAGACGCAGCUGCAGAAGACUCACCUGAAUGUGGGUCGUAUUCGCAGCCGUGAGACCAACGAGACCCUGCUCCACAGCCUCUCGUCGCACAUCAAUGUGGAGGACAUCAAGCCAGAGAUACCAAAGACCGAGCCGGACGAUGAUGAAAUCGAUGUGGUGUCGCCGCAUGUCACACCAUUUGUCACCCAAGAUCACCGCAAUUCCAUAGGACACGUUGUGGAAAGCUCUCGCAAGCGGCGUCGCAUUCUGGACUAUGCUUCUGACAGUUCCAGCAACGAUGAUGAUCCGCCAUGUCUGCGAAACACCGCACAGGAUAUCGAGUUCUACGAAUCGGACUAUGAAAGCAUUGACUCUGAAGAUGAUGAUCCGCUAAAGCACGCUGGCGUCUAUACGCGCGCCGAGGCAGUUAGGAUUGCCGAGACCAAGCUGAUUAAGCUGCAGGGGCUCUAUCGCGAGCAGAUUUCGCAUCUGCAGCACAUCCUGAAGCAGCGGCGUCGCAAGUAUCUGCACGAAAUACGCCGUGAGCGGGAACUAUACUGCAGCAUCCACGAUCAGCUAAAGGAAACGCCACACGAGCGUAAACUGUACGAACAGCUAAAGGCGCUGAACAGCUACCAUCGUCGUCAGGGCAUGGAGGCAGUGCUGUACAAGAAACUAAAGGAGAAGCGCGCCCGGGACACCUUGUAUGCGUCCAAGUCGAGCAACCCCAAGUGCGUCUUUACCGAGGGCGGGGUCAAGUGCGGAGAGCGAACACUACCCUGCUGCAAGCACUGCCGCAAGCACAUCCUGGAGGAUAAGCGCCAGGUGCUGUUCCGGGCAUGCGGAGUGGAACGCAGUGGGGUGGUCUGCCAGGAGCCGGUGGCCAGCAUUCUCGAAGACUCCAGUUGCGUACUGCAUCUGACCGUGGCGCCGGCCAAGCGCCAGUAUAUACAAAAGAAAUGCGAGUCGGAGACCGAAGAAGAUGAGACCGUGUCUGCGGGCGUGGGUACCAUUAUAAAAACGGAAAAGGAGGACCCCUCAGAUAAUCUGUUCACGAACCAAGUUCUCAACGUCACCACAGCUCAUGACGAAGACCACAAAGACGACAUUAAACCUGUAGAGUCGAUACAAAAGCCAACUAGUACUACUUCUUAAACCUUUGUAGAAUAUAUGUUUACUGUUGCAAUCAUAAAUCAAUUUAUAUCAAACAAAAAAAUCCUAGAUGUAACUCUUCUAUCGGAAAUUGUCAAUUGGUUUUUGUACAUCGCCAAAUUUCCUUUCUUUGAGGAAAGGGAUCCCUAAUAAAUAGUCACUUCCUUAGUUUAUCGAAAUAAUA